AGAGCAACAGCUAAUCAUGAGUGAUUGUGUUCACAGAAUGUGGGGGUGGAAAUGGGUUAAUGUUUAAAGAUUUUACUCAGCUGAUGUCUGAAGGACUAUAAAUUGACUCCACUCCAUCCAAACAGUCUCCUGUCAAGAGGACUUUGAUGGUGAAAAAAAUGUGGGGAAAGAUGUAUUACAGUGUGAUUGCUGCCCUGCUGGUAGCAAUGGCCUGGGCCGCACCCCACGAAGGUCAUGACCAUGACGGCCACCCAGCUGAUCACUACCACCAUCUCCACCACGGGAAGGACGAACCCCACCCCAGCCACAGUGGGGAGGAUGCCUGCCAUCUGCUUUCUCCACACAACGCUGACUUUGCCUUCUCCCUCUACAAGAAACUUGCGCUCCAUCCUGAUGCCCAGGGCAAGAACAUUUUCUUCUCCCCGGUCGGUAUCUCAAUGGCUUUGAGCAUGCUGGCUGUAGGUGCCAAGGGUAGCACUCUAUCACAAAUAUACAGCAGUCUGGGUUACAGCGGGCUGAAGGCUCAGCAGGUCAAUGAGGGCUAUGAGCACUUGAUCCACAUGCUUGGCCACAGUCAGGACAGCAUGCAGCUGGAGGCAGGUGCUGGUGUGGCCAUCAGAGAAGGCUUCAAAGUGGUUGACCAGUUCCUGAAGGACGUUCAGCACUACUACAACAGCGAAGCCUUCAGCGUUGACUUCUCCAAGCCUGAAAUCGCUGCAGAAGAGAUUAACCAGUUCAUCGCCAAGAAAACCAAUGACAAAAUAACCGACAUGGUGAAGGACCUGGACUCUGAUAUGGUGAUGAUGCUGAUUAACUAUAUGUACUUCAGAGGGAAGUGGGAUAAGCCAUUUGAAGCACAACUGACUCACAAAGCUGAGUUCAAAGUGGACAAGGACACCACCGUGCAAGUUGACAUGAUGAAAAGAACCGGCCGCUAUGACAUCUAUCAAGACCCUGUCAACCAAACUACGGUCAUGAUGGUGCCAUACAAAGGCAAUACUUCCAUGAUGAUCGUUCUUCCUGAUGAAGGGAAGAUGAAGGAUGUUGAAGAAUCCAUCUGCAGGCACCAUCUUAAGAACUGGCAUGAUAAACUCUUCAGAAGCUCUGUGGACCUGUUCAUGCCCAAGUUCUCCAUCUCUGCAACGUCCAAACUGAAUGACAUUCUGACUGAAAUGGGAGUGACUGAUGCAUUCAGUGACACAGCAGAUUUCUCUGGGAUGACAGAAGAGCUCAAAGUGAAGGUGUCACAGGUUGUGCAUAAGGCAGUCCUCAGUGUGGAUGAGAAGGGCACAGAGGCAGCGGCCGCAACCACAAUAGAGAUCAUGCCCAUGUCCCUGCCAGGCACUGUGAUGCUCAACCGACCUUUCUUGGUACUGAUUGUGGAGGACAGCACCAAGAGCAUCCUCUUCAUGGGCAAGAUUACCAAUCCUACAGUGUGAGGUCCAACUCCAAACAGAACUUGACGAAUUUUGAAAUUUGAACUUGAAAUCUUGUGUAUAUCUUAUUGUAUACUGCAAUGAAUUGAUUUGAUUCAAAUUAAAUGAGUCAUCAUUAAAACAAUUACACAACA